AUGGCCGCGGCGGCGGCGGCGGCGGCGGCGGCCCGUGGGGCCGGGGCGAGGGCGGCGGCGGCCCUGCUGGGCGGCUGCAGGAGUGCGGCCCGGGGGCAACUGCGCGCGGGCCCCUCACGGCCCUUGUGCACAGCACCUGGAACGGCCCCGGACAUGAAAGGCUACCUGUGGGAGCGCUACCGGGAGGCGAAGAGGAAUACGGAGGACUUGGUUCCUUCAAUUAUGAACAACUUGUUGAAUCCAGAUGCCAUUUUCUCAAACAAUGAGAUGAGCCUGUCGGACAUUGAAAUCUAUGGCUUCGACUAUGAUUAUACCUUGGUGUUUUAUUCAAAGCAGCUCCACACGCUGAUAUUUAAUGCUGCUCGGGACCUUCUCAUCAAUGAACACCGGUAUCCGGUGGAAAUCAAGAAGUAUGAGUAUGACCCAAAUUUUGCAAUUCGUGGACUUCAUUAUGAUGUGCAGCGGGCAGUAUUGAUGAAGAUUGAUGCUUUUCAUUACAUCCAGUUGGGAACCGUCUACAGAGGCCUCAGUGUUGUCCCCGAUGAAGAAGUCAUUGAAAUGUAUGAGGGGUCCCACGUGCCCCUGGAACAGAUGAGCGACUUUUAUGGAAAGAGUUCUCAUGGAAACACCAUGAAGCAGUUCAUGGACAUCUUCUCCCUGCCGGAGAUGUCCCUCCUCUCCUGCGUGAAUGAAUACUUCCUUAAGAACAACGUUGACUAUGAACCUGUCCAUCUGUACAAAGAUGUCAAGGAUUCAAUUCGAGAUGUGCACAUCAAAGGAAUCAUGUACAGCGCGAUCGAAGCAGAUAUUGAAAAGUACAUCUGCUAUGCCGAGCAGACCCGGGCAGUGCUGGCCAAACUGGCUGAUCACGGCAAGAAGAUGUUCCUCAUCACCAACAGCCCCAGUAGUUUCGUGGACAAAGGGAUGAAGUAUAUUGUUGGAAAAGACUGGAGGGACCUGUUUGAUGUGGUCAUCGUUCAGGCCGAGAAGCCAAACUUCUUUAAUGAUAAGCGGAGACCUUUCCGCAAGGUGAACGAGAAAGGCGCCUUGCUCUGGGACAAGAUCCACAAGUUGCAGAAAGGCCAGAUUUAUAAGCAGGGCAAUUUAUAUGAAUUUUUGAAGCUUACUGGAUGGAGAGGAUCCAAAGUGUUGUAUUUUGGUGACCACAUAUACAGUGACCUGGCGGAUUUGACCCUGAAGCAUGGCUGGCGGACUGGUGCAAUUAUCCCGGAGCUGAGAUCCGAGCUCAGGAUCAUGAACACGGAGCAGUACAUUCAAACCAUGACCUGGCUGCAGACCCUGACCGGGUUAUUGGAACAGAUGCAGGUUCACAGAGAUGCUGAGUCACAGCUGGUUUUGCAGGAGUGGAAAAAGGAAAGAAAGGAGAUGAGAGAAAUGACCAAAAAUUUCUUCAACACCCAGUUUGGAAGCUUGUUCCGCACAGACCAGAACCCGACCUACUUCCUGAGGCGCCUGUCGCGCUUUGCUGAUAUCUACAUGGCGUCUCUGAGCUGCCUCUUGAACUACGAUGUCAGCCACACGUUCUACCCGCGGAGGACUCCGCUGCAGCACGAACUUCCCGCCUGGUCGGACAGGGCGUCCACCUUCAGACUCCCCCUCCUGCAGGAGGCCCACGCCAAGUAACCAGGUGCCCACCUGCGGAAAAAGCCAGAAGCAGGGACAACCCCCAACUGGCUGGACGUGAUGGGGUUGACUUGUGUGCAAAUGAGCGUUGCUUUUGGAAAAGAUACAAAUACGCCUUUUGGUAUUUAUUAUGGAGACUCCUUCCACGUUGUUGAGACAGAAGCAGGCAGCCC